CUGGUGGAGUGACAAAGCAACAGCAGCGCAUUGAGUUCUACCUACUUCUACAGCCUCCACCGAACACACGAAACAUCAAAUCAGACAAUCAAGACACGAACCAGAAUCAUCAUGGCAACCGACCCUACCAUCCCAAUGCCUCCUCGCGACCUCGAGGAGAUCGCAUCUCUUGACAACGCGCUCGUCUUCCCCACCUUUACCGCGCAAACUGCCUGGGUGCUGGGCUCUCUCCUCCGAACCCGCCUGCUCGACUUCGCCAAACCCACAGUGAUAGAUAUCAGCCUGGCACACGGCAACCACUGCCUCUUCCAUGCCGUGACGCAUUCCGGCACAGUACCCGAUAACGAUUCCUGGGUCGCGCGCAAAAGAAACACUGUCCUGCGGUUUGGGAGUUCGACCUGGUUCAUGCACAACAAGUUCCAGGGCGACGAGCCAGCAUUUGCGGCGAAGUUUGGAUUGGGUCCCCAGGCCGGAGAAUACGCCAUCCAUGGAGGCGGGUUUCCGGUGCGUGUGCAGGGCGUUGAGGGGAUCGUGGCCGUGAUUGUGGUGAGUGGCUUGGCCCAGGCCCAAGAUCACGGCAUUAUCGUGCAGACCGUGAGCGACUAUCUGCUGGAGCUGGGAGUCGACGUUGCGGAGAAGAAGAAGGAGGAUUGAGAAGCCAUAUACGACAUUUGGAGGCCAAGCAGUCUGCUUCAGCAUGCUACAGCGAAGAAUGCAUUGAGAUGCUGUGCUCUAGCUGAACGCGUAAAGCCUUAUAAGAAGGGCCCAUUCGGAAGCUGCGUCUCGUAGUCACAUGGUGCAUACAACAGUGUUCAAAUAUCUAGAGGCAGAUAAGAUGUCGCGACAUGCAAAUUGGAGUAGGAGCAAUGCAGCAUGAGCCGCUCGCAUUGUCUCGCGACUGGCAUCGAGGCUCGAACAUCACAACCCCUCCAUCUACUCUACAGCAAAACUACCUCUGGACGGCGGAGUUGAGUGAAGCCCGUCGAUUUGCAGUGGUGUGCAGACAGGACUCGUGUUCGAAUCGUUAUGACGGCUGGGACCUAAUCUCUUUGGGUGUUCGCAAAUGCAGCAAGUUGUCGUAUGCGCCAAAGUCCUGGUCAUAUCACUGGACUCCAGGACAGCGCGACUCCGGCACUCGAUCCAAGGCAUCUCUUUUCGCGCUUUCGAGGCGGCAUUGGACCAUUCGUCGCAAUAAUACAAGACGGGAUGCUGCGGGCUGGCGAUAAAAUUGGUACAGGCCAAGCGGUCGUAGAUGACGAACGGCACUAGAUGAAGACUGCAUUGGAGCUUUGACUCUCUCAGGCAUUCGCAAUUUUGGCAGGAUGUCCGCCUCAUCUUUGCUGUUCGCAGAAUUAUUGGAGCUCUGUCGAUCUUAAGUCUUCGACAAUUAGGCGCAUCGGUAUUCUGGAAAGCCCGUGAGUCUACCAAGGAAACUUAAUUCCAUGUGGGCUUGAGAGCUACAGCUCAGCAAUGGCCCUAGCCAACACGGACGACUGAUGUCGCUAGUGAGCUGCGGCGCGUGAAAGGGACGAUGAUUGCCCCAAUUGGAAGUCUCGAUUUUAGACGGCUGGGAUGCAAGUUUCCUGAGAUCACCUAGCCAACUCCCAACCGUCAUUGCGAACAUAAGAACUUGGACUGUCCUUCAAGACUGGGCUUACAAACAGUCCGGCGGCCCAAUAAAUCGGCAGAAGGUUGAAGCUUAUAUCAACGUACAAGCCAAGGGGCGCCUGAAGCAGACGCAGCACGUGCUGUUGGGCGUGCAAUGAUAAAGCACGCAACUCUGAAAACCUGGGAGUUCCGUUCCGGAAUAGGCGCCGCGCACUGCCGAUGCUCUUUUGAUCCUCCAUCAAGCUUUAACUCUACGACAUCUCAUGAGUUCCUCAGACUACGCGACGUUAGACAGAGCUGCAGCCUUCAGGAUUCUCACUACAACAUGACCGGACCAGCUUUUCGCCGUCUCGGUGUUCGCUCUUCUCUCGUUAUUGCCGCGCCCUCGACCAAUCAGGAAGACUUUAGCCGGACCAGAGACUGAACUGAUCUACAGGGCCAUGCUCCAUGAUGAGUGAUCUGAGCAUGCAGCCCGG